AUACAGGAAUUGUCCUUUCUUGAAAAAAGACUACCAAAUAGGGAUACUGCCCACAUUUGUUAAUUAAUUUAGAGUAAUGAAAGUAUGCAAGAUAAAAUGAUAGCUUUAGGUUGAUGAAUUAAGAGAUCUAGUGAUAAUGGUACCGCCGCCUGUGCAACAAAUGGCACUCAAGAAAUGCAACAAUCACUUUACUGGCCCGACAGUGACACUGAGAUACCAACUUGCACUAUGAUGAAUUGAUAGUGCAGAUAAUAGCUUAGUAGGCUCCUCUCCGAAACUGCUAAAACAACUAAAUUGUUCAUAAACUAUGUCACAUGGUUAUGGCCGUAUGGGUAUUUCAUUCAAAAAAAAAAAUAUAACGCAACCAAAUACUAUUACAUACGCUAAAUGAGCACAUGUAACAUGGUUCAUGAAGCCCAGGUUGGAAGAAGGGAUUGGGGAGGGGGAGGGGGAUCUCCCUAACUCUCUUUGGUCUGCCAGAAAAUAGGAAGGGCAGAAAGAGCAAUGUGCCACCAUCCAACACCAACUUUUUUGAUUCCCUCUUAAGAUCCCGUUUGGAUUGGCUUUAAAAAGCAGAAAUAGCUUAUUUGACCGUUGAGGGAGAGAAAUGAUCGUCUCUAUCUAUACUUUCUACAUUUUAUCGCACAACAAAAAGGUAAUUAUGCUAGAGGAGGUAAAUGAAUAGAGGGUGACACACUUUAACUUUCCUUUCCCUUUAACUGAACCAAAAAAUUUGAAGCUAUGUUCAACAGAUUCGUUUAUGGGUAUGUAUUGGGUACUGAUAUGUGCAAGUAUCUGGUAUGAGUAAGUCGAGCUUUUUGCUAAUUUUGAGUGUAUUUUAAAUGAUCAUCACGAAGUACCCAUACCCUUAUCACACCCAUUUGACAUGGCUACAUCAAGGUAAAUGAAGGAUCCACGUAACAGAAGUCUGAAAUGGAGUGUGUGUGUGUGUGUGUGUUGACUGCAAACCGCUGGCUUUGAUCCAUGGUUGACACAACUCCAAGACUAAAUGCCAAAAUAACUUUUGGUAACCACCAAGCACCAAAUUGGAUGUUUCAUCAGCUUCUCCACAUCCUCAAACAGUGAAUGACUGAUUGCUGAAUAGCUUGUUGACUGCCCAAUUAAAAACCUUAAUAAAAAGUUAGUGGAGUAACUAAACUAGGAGUGAAAUCCAUGGAAUAUCAGGAAACAAAUGAUAGCAAAGUCAUCAUAAAUGCUCUUCACAUCUCUUGUACUAUGUUAUGUAAGGUCACGUUUCUCUUUAUGUUAAAGCUAAAUCAUGUUAAAGGUUAAUGCGUGGAAAGUUGGGACCAGUAAGAGUAGUUUCAACUUUCAAUAUAAUUCACCCCACCAACUCCCACCCACACCCCUUUCUGGCCCCCCCUUCUGUACGAAACACCUAUCAGACUUGGUAUUUUAGCUCAUACUUGCACCAAAUCAUCUCCACUUACUAGACUUCACAUAGGAGGAAAAGUAUGGAACUGGUGGUCCUCACACAUACUUUCCUUUGUUUUUUUACCUUGGUUUCAAGUUUCACAAUCUUUCGUCUGGCUUCCUCAUUCUACUUUGGCACAACUAGUUUCUCCUUAGAGAGAUGGAAGAUAACAAAUGGGAAGGGAAGAGAAGCAUGAAUGAAGCAGAAGAGGAAGAGGAGGAACAUGAAAAUGUUGAAGAGGAUAACAAAAGGAAGAGGGUAUUGACUCUCUCCGGAAGGAAGCAAUCUAGUGGUGGGCCAGCACUCCCUUCUUGCCAGAUCGAGCAGUGCACUGCAGAUAUGGCAGAUGCCAAGCCAUACCAUCGCCGCCACAAGGUGUGCGAGUUUCAUUCAAAGGCUCCGGUAGUACUUAUUAGUGGAAUCCAGCAACGCUUCUGCCAGCAAUGUAGCAGAUUUCAUCAGUUAGCAGAGUUUGAUGAAGCUAAAAGGAGUUGCCGGAGGCGUUUGGCAGGUCAUAAUGAGCGCCGCCGUAAAACUUCAUAUGAUUCUCAUGGAGAAAGUUCAAGCUGAAGCAGCAUCAGCAAAUGGCAGGGAAUCGCCUACUUGUGGACUGAUGCACAGUGAAUCCCUCUAAAGUUCAAGCUGAAGCAUGCUCUCUAUCUUCUGUCAAUUUCUGGUUUCUAAACAAAUUGUUAUUUGUCACCUUCAAGUAUCUAGCUAGUAAUUCUUCCAUUUCCUUAUGAAAAGGGAAGGACUAAAAGAAUAAGUUGAUGAAUUGUCUGCUAGUAUUCUCGAAAUGAAAUAUUUAUAGCCUGUAUACAUUUCACAUGGUGCAUGAAAGUCUUCCGUGUUGACAUUC